GGGUAAAAGCAUGCGAAUGCUGAGUCUGGCCCGCUCAGGUUCUCAUUUCCGCUUUCGGCUGCCUCGGCCACAUAUCGGACGCUAGACUAGGUUGGGAAAAGGGAUCCGGGUCUUGGGUUUAUCGGCGAUGCACCCAUGAUUCUCCAUCCGCUUAUCGUAUACACCGCUGCUGUUAUCGUUCAUCCGGAACGAAGUCACUCAGUCACUCCUACCCUUCAUGCAGAUGGCUGUUGGACACGGUUUGUUUUAAAACCCACUGGGUCCGCCAUUCAUGGUUGUCGGAAUAACUCAAGAGUCUCACAAGACUGUGCUGGAAGUUGUGUCUGUGUCUACUCUCUCCAGCAUCCGCCGUGAUAAUCUCCCGGCUCUACCCCACACUUUCUCAUAUUUCUAGAAUUACAUACUCCUC